AUGUGGAAGGACACUUCGUUGGAGGUCGCCGGAGGUUGCCGAAGGUUGUCGAAGGAGAAGGAGAAGCCGCCGGAGAAGAAUCGAAGGAGGAGGCUGCCGCGGCUCACUAUUACGAGGAUCAAACUUCCCGUGAGUGUGAUGAUUUUGAGCAUAGCGGAGACUGUCGUGUACCUUGGGAGGAAAAGGAAAAGCAACAGAGCCCUGGAGAAGAUCCAGAAGGGAGCGGAAGGUGAGAACUCCAGAAGGCAUCCGGUUGAUUUGAAAGGCUGCUGUGAGAAUCGUCACUCCAGUACUGGGGAGAACAUGCAUCUCAGACAUAAGAGAACGGGCUACCUCUCAAAGGUGACGAUUUUUCCUCUCAGCAGUGCCAUUCUGAGCCGGAGUGAUGACACAACUAGUCUGAUGGAUCAUCCCAUUAGCGGAAAGUAUGUGCUUGAAGAGCUCAAUAUUAGGUUACUUGUUCCAUGCAAUGAUCCUCUGAAAUAUGCUUCUUUACGUGCGGAGCCUGAUUUCAGUGUAUUGGGUAAACGGCUAGGAAAAGCUAUGGGAACUGUUGCUAAGGAAAUCAAGGCAAUGUCUCAGGCAGAUGUCUUAACAUUUGAGCAACAUGGAGAAGUUACAUUUGCUGGACACUGUUUGAAGAGUACUGAUAUCAAGGUUAUUCGGGAAUUCAAGCGUCCAGAUAAUGAGGAAAAGGAGCUUGAUGCAGCUGGAGAUGGUGAUGUUUUGGUGAUUUUGGACCUGCAUUCUGAUGAGGCAUUGUCUGAUGCAGGAGUUGCUCGAGAGGUUGUUAAUAGAGUCCAAAAAUUACGUAAGAAAGCUGGGCUUGAACUGACAGACAUUGUAGAGAUGUACUUCGAAUCCCUUGAUGACAAUAAAACCAAGCUGCAUCAUGUCUUGAAUUCACAAGAGCCUUAUAUCAGAGACACACUUGGUUCUCCACUUCUUCCUUCUUUCAAGACUCAAUCCACUGCCGUUUUGCUUUGCGAGGAGGCUUUCCAUGGUGUGUGUGGAUUAUCAUUUAUUAUCAGAUUAGCGAGGCCCACGCUAAAUUUCAAUUCUGAUGCUGUUCUUGCAUUGUAUUCAGGCAAUGCGAAAUUUUCAGAAGGUUUACAGAUCUAUUUGUUGUCAAGGGAUUACCAUAACCUGAAGUCAGAGUUCCAAAAUGGCAAUGAUAAGAUCUCGGUAGACUGUAUAGACGGUCAGCCAGCAGUGGAUGUGCAGUUGAGGAAACACGUAUUCUUAACCACUGGAGAUUUCUAUUUGAGUACCAGAACAGAUUGAUUUUCCUUGAGAUGGUUUAUUUCUUUCAAUUCUUAUUAUUAGCUGUGGAAGCUAGCCGUUACAACCCAUAUUUUCCUAUACACUACAAUUUACAAAUUCAGAAUUUUUAUUAAUGAAAGAAAGUUGUGUUAAUGUACA